AUGCAACUACACCUUCGAACCACUGCCAAUACGCCCGCUACUCCUCCUGUGCAAACGCCAGAGUCCACUUUUCACUUGGCCACAGGUGAUACCAACAGCCCCGCAGUUCCUGCAACCCCACCUCCACCACCCCCAGUAUCAACGGAAUUCACUCCAAACAAUGACAACUCGCCGACAUCGUCUGGGGCCCCGAAUUCGUUCCCCAGUGAUCCCAGCAGUACAAGUAGCACUUCGACCUCCGAAAGCUCUGCACCAAGAACGCCAGCUACACCAGACACGCCAGUAUCAACUUUUCAGUCGGCGAUAGGAGGUGUGGCCAAUCCAGCGACAAAUACCACAGAGUCAACAUCUUCCGAUGCCAGUAGUGAUUUGACUCCAGCUGAAAAUCCCACAACAACGUCGCCAGGAAGUGACUCAUCCACACCGGCACCACAGUCAUCUCUCCAAGACUCUACGUCUGGUGUUUCCCUUGAUUCAAGUCGUCAAGAAAUUAGCGAUGCGACCAGCAGUGGCGAGCAAGAACUCAACUCGUCGACUACAGGAAGCAAUUGGAGAGGCACGUUUAACUUUGGAGUUUGGUUAUCCACUUUAUUCAGUAAAUCUUUCUCCUCUAGGUAA